AUGAGACCUACACAAGCCCUGUCGGUCGGCCGAUACCGCCACCUCAGACUCACAACCAAGGAUGUUGGAAAGGGCUUCUACAAGGGUAACCGCACUGGUUCCAUGGGUCGACACACAAAGUACGGAGGCUACGUUAUCGAGUGGAACAAGGUCCGAACAUAUGCUGUGCCACCGCUCAAGGAUUUCAAGCUUACACCCUUCGUGAGCCGACAAGUCAAGGCGGAGCCUGGUGACUAUAAGGGUCUCGAUAAGGGUCCUCAAGAUCCUUACUUCUACGUUGAGCAAUGGAAACGAUUCAACGGUGUGGAUUAA